AAACGUCCACAGAAAGAAGCUCAAACAUCUCUGCAGCACUUGCUGCCUCUCAGCUGAACAUUUGCAGCUUAGUUUUGACUCUUUGAUCUAAUUACUUUUUAAAAGUUUUAUUUUCUUUGUUUUAAAAAAAUCACCUGAAAUUACUGUAACCAAAAAUGCUGCCUGCAACAUUUAAACUGUGUGCUGGCAUCUCCUAUCGGCACACGAGGAACAUGACAGGUUUGAGGAAAAACGCCAUGGUGGCCAUUCACCAUGAGCUGAACAAACUUGCAGGUCCAGGCACGAGUAACUGGAUCAGCCAAGUGCGGCAGCGAAGCUCCCUUCUUGGUUCUCGAAUUGAAGAGGAGGAGGCGUACAGCGAGGAAGAGAUGUCUUAUGUGAAGCAAGGGGAGAGUGCACUGCAGAAGGCCAUCAGCAUCCUCAGCGAACAGGAUGGCUGGACUGUCGAAACCGUAGCUGCCAAUGGAGAUAAGGUUCUGAGUAAAGUUCUGCCUGAAAUCGGAAAGGUGUUUAAACUGGAAGUGGUGCUGGAGCAACAUCCUGACAACCUCUACGAAGAGCUUGUGGAAAACAUGGAGCAAAUGGGAGAGUGGAACCCUAACGUCAAAGAGGUCAAAAUUCUUCAAAAGAUUGGUCAGGACACCAUGAUUACCCACGAGGUAUCUGCAGAGACGCCUGGCAAUGUGGUGGGGCCACGGGACUUUGUGAGUGUCCGCUGUGCCAAACGCCGAGGCUCCACAUGCUUCCUGGCUGGGAUGUCCACCAAACACCCAAACAUGCCUGAGCAGAAGGGCGUAGUCAGAGGGGAGAAUGGACCUACCUGUAUAGUGAUGAAGCCUUCUGCUGAGGAUCCAAACAAGACCAAGUUCACAUGGUUGCUGAAUAUAGAUCUAAAGGGCUGGAUCCCAAAGACCAUCAUAAAUAAAGUGCUCUCUCAGACGCAGGUGGACUUUGCCAACCACCUCAGACACAGGAUGGCUAAUAAUGUUUCUAUGGAGAUGGCUCAUGCCUGCUGACACAAGAUACCUCUUGAGAUCAGGCACAGUGCAACAAAGAGUGGCACGACAGAAACCUCUGUUCACUAGAAUACUCACAUACCGUAACUCUGCUUGUAGCUGCGGAAAAAAUAGAAUUGAGGAAAUUCAAGAAAGGUUGUGCUUUUCUGAUUUCCAUAGUAUAUGUCGUCACCUUUUGGGGGUAACCUUGGCAUAUAACAUAUUGACAUGUAACAGUGAUUAUAUACAUAUUGUGCACCCCAGCUGUUCCUAAACCAGAGCUGGGUUAGAACAUGUUGUUAUAGAAUAAAAGAUUGUUUGAUAUUUUAAAAAAAUUCCCUGGGUAUGAACACGGGCCAUGUUCAACAAAGACACGUCUGUAUGGUUUUUAUUUUAUUUUUGAAAUUAAAACAGGACCUUGCAUGAAUUCACUCCAAGCCAGAGCACAAUGGAUCCUGGGAAAAUGUGUCAUACACCUAUUUGCACUUAUUUUGUUAAAAGACCUAAAAGCUGCUAAAGAAACAAAACAUUACAAGAAAAAUCUGCACCUUCAGAAAUCUUUAAAAAGAAGGGCACCACAUUGAAAAUGUGGCAAAAUUCAAUUAUUUCAUAAAAGUCUGGUUUAAAAGUCAAAUCAGCACACCCCGUGGGAGGCUCUCUCACUCAUGGCUCUGUAUUGGCAAAAACAAUGAUUAGGCACACAAAAUAUUCCAAUGUUGGAAAAAAAUGCACUUUUAUUUCAAUGUGUUAUUUAUUGAUUGAUGUUACAGUGAAUGCUGAAUGAAUGAAUGACUGUAGCACAACUAAUAUUCAUGCUUUUAGUUCAUCUGAACAGGGAAGAAGUGAAACUGUUUGGAAGUUGUCUUUCCCGAUGGAUGAGACCGUGAAUAAAAUCCUGGGAAAAUA